CGCGGCUGAGCUCGAGACUGACCUCAGGAUCAGCUCCUGCGGACGCGCGGAGCGGUUCUACAGCGUCAUUCUGUCCAGGGUGAACCUGCGAGCCGGCGUGCUUGCGCUCGCGACGUCUUGAGGGAGCCGUAACUGCAGUGCUCUCAAAGAGUCUGAGAGCAACAGAGACCAUGGCCCGCGCAUGGAUGCUAAUUGCAUUCCAAACGGCGGCGGCGCUCGACCUCCGACGCCGUUGGUUAGUAACGGCACCCCUGGGCUGCGCCCUGCCCGCCAACGCUGCGGAGCAGAUGAUGCGCACGUCAUCCGAUAUAGGAAGCUACGCCGACGCCACGGGGUCGCAGCGCGCCGCCAACCUCGGCGCGGGCUCGAUCUCGGGCAAGAGCCGGCCCUACACCGGCGUCGUCCUCGCGGAGGCUCCUAAUAGUGCCGCCGGCGUCGUGGCGGCAGACGUCGUCCUGACGAACGGCGUCCUCGCCAAAGUCGCCUUCGCGGCGCCGGAGCUGAAACUGGCCAAGGGCUUCUACUACGACGUCGAGGCCCGCGCGAAGACGGGCGACUCGGCGUACCUGCACGUCAUCGCGGCGCCCAAGAGUAGUUUAGAUGGCAAAGCGCUGGCGUCGAAGAUCCUCGCGACGGACGGGAGGUACGGCGCCUUCGGCCCGCCGACGGACGUGAUCGUGAGCAACGACGUCACGAAGGGCGACGUGAGGACCGUCGACCUCGCGUUCUCCGCGAUCACGCCCGGCGGCGCGACGACGCCGCGGCGCGCCGUCCUCGCGGCGACGCAGGCCGAGGGGUCGCCGGACGUGCUCGUACUCGUAGCGUCGGCGUCCGAGGCGCGCUGGAACCAGGGCGGCGCCGACGCCGCGCGCCGCGUCGCGUCGACGUUCCGCGUCGACGGGACGCGGCCCACGAAACUAAGGGCGGAGCCCGCGUCGGACUACCGCUUCGAGGAGCAGGGCGGCGUGCGGCUCCCGAAGAUCGAGAACCCGCUCGACGGCUUCUCGACGGAGCCCGCGUUCGGGAGUAGUGGUGGACUCGGGCGACCGGGGGGGCUCUGAGUAAGGGCCUGAACGAA